CCGAGACCCCGCCCCGGAGGCGGAGGCAGGGGGCGGACCCCGCCCCUCCGCGCCGGCCCCGCCCCGCGCCGCACACAGCGGGGCUCACUGCUCUUGGCGCGCCGACGGCCCGGCGCUCGGAGGGCCUGACGGACGGACGUGCGGAGCGCCCCGCGGGCCUCGAAGAAAAAGGGACUGCUCAUCUCAAGGCGGCACCUGGGACAGCUGUGGGACCAUGGCACUGCUCUGGGAACCUGCAGGAGCCUGGCUGGCCCUGGCCCUGGCCCUGGCACUGGGCCCAGGCACCGGCGCAGCCGCCCCAAGGCAGGACUGCACAGGCGUUGAGUGCCCUGCACUGGAGAACUGCAUUGAGGAGGCCCUGGAGCCAGGUGCCUGCUGUGCCACGUGUGUGCAGCACGGGUGUGCCUGUGAGGGCUACCAGUACUAUGACUGCCUGCAGGGUGGCUUUGUGCGCGGCCGUGUGCCUGCCGGCCAGUCCUACUUUGUGGACUUCGGCAGCACUGAGUGCUCCUGCCCACCGGGCGGUGGCAAGAUCAGCUGCCAGUUCAUGCUGUGCCCAGAGCUGCCACCCAACUGCAUUGAGGCUGUGGAGGUGGCCGACAGCUGCCCACAGUGUGGCCAGGUGGGCUGUGUCCAUGCUGGCCGCAAGUAUGCUGCUGGCCACACUGUCCACCUACCCCCCUGCCGGGCCUGCCACUGUCCUGACGCUGGCGGCAAGCUCAUCUGCUACCAGCUCCCUGGUUGCAAUGGAGAUGCUGAGGCCAUGCCAGCUGCUGCCACCGGGAACUCCUCAGAUGCUGAGGAGAGUGACUCUGAGCGACACUAUGAAGACCCCUACAGCUACGACCAGGAGGUGGCCGAGGCAGAAGCUGCAGCAGCCCUGGCAGGCGAGACCCAGACAGGUGCAGGGGCCCCUGCUGCUCUGGGAGGCAGGAAUCAGCCGGCAUCCGCCAUUCAGGCCCUCCCCAGGCCCACAGCGGCCGCUGCCCUGGGUCCCCCUGCCCCUGUGCAGGCCAAAGCCAGGAGAGUGACAGAGGACAGUCAAGAGAAAGGAGAAGAGGCGAGAGAGGAGCCGGCUGUCAGGGAGCAGCCAGCAGCAGGUGGCCCCAGGGGGCUGGAUGGGCUUCCUACUGCAGGCCCAGCUGGGCCUGGCCUCCCUGUCCAAGAGAAGCGGACAGAUGCCAGGGCAAGGCCUGAAGAGAACCUGAUCCCAGAAGCCCAGGCCGCCCCCCGCAAUGCUGGGCAGGAGGAAGCUGGGCCCCUUCUGGGGUCGAGCAUGGCCAGUGUCGCCCCGUCGCAGACUGUGCCGAGCUCUCCCGAGGACCCGACACAGCCCAGCACCUACAGCAUCCUGACCACAGCUUUGCAGGAGGCAGCCAGGGUCCCACCCACCCAGGAAGUAGCCAAGCAGCUGCCAGUAAUGCCUCGCCGUCCUCGGCCAGUGGAGGACACAGACCCCAACUCUGUCCAUUCUGUCCCUAGAGGUGACUCAGAAGUCUCCACAAAGGACCUGAUCGAGACAUGCUGUGCGGCUGGACAGCAGUGGGCCAUUGACAACGACGAGUGCCUGGAAAUCCCUGAGAGUGGUGCUGAGGGCGAUGUCUGCAGGACAGCCCAGAAGCACUGUUGCGUGUCCUACUUGAAGGAGAAGAGCUGCAUGGCUGGCAUCGUGGGGGCCAAAGAGGGCGAGGCCUGUGGGGCCGAGGACAGCGAUACCUGUGGCGUCUCCCUGUACAAGCAAUGCUGUGACUGCUGUGGCCUGGGACUCCGCGUGCGGGCCGAGGGCCAGUCGUGUGAGUCUAACCCCAACCUGGGCUACCCCUGCAAUCACGUCAUGCUCUCCUGCUGUGAGGGCGAAGACCCCCUCAUUGUGCCCGAGGUCCGCCGGCCUCCAGAGCCAGAGGCCGUACCCCGGAGAGUUUCAGAGGCAGAGUCAGCAAGCCGGGAGGCCCUGUCACUGGGUAUGGACGCGGAGCUGCCCAACAGCCUGCCGGGAGAUGACAAGGAUGAGUGCCUGCUGCUCCCUGGGGAGCUGUGCCAGCACCUCUGCAUCAACACCGUGGGCUCCUACCGCUGUGCUUGCUUCCCCGGCUUCUCCCUGCAGGAUGAUGGCCGCACCUGCCGCCCAGAUGGUGACCCCCCACAGCCAGAGGCUGCAGAGGAAUCCGCACCAAGGCCAGAAUCCUCCCAGGCGGCCUCCAACACCAUCCUGCUGCCACUGCCACAGCCCAAUACCUGCAAAGACAACGGGCCCUGCAAACAGGUGUGCAACAUCAUUGAGGGCACAGUCAUGUGCUCCUGCUUUCCUGGCUAUGCUAUCAUGGCGGACGGCAUAUCCUGUGAAGACCAAGACGAGUGCCUGCUGGGUACUCACGAUUGUAGCCGGCAACAGUUCUGUGUCAACACCCUGGGAUCCUUCUACUGUGUCAGCCACACAGUGCUCUGUGCCGAGGGCUUUAUCCUCAACAUGCACAGGAAGUGCGUGGACAUCAACGAGUGUGUGACGGACUUGCACACGUGCAGCCGGGGCGAGCACUGCGUGAACACGGUGGGCUCCUUCCGCUGCUACAAGGCUCUUACCUGCGAGCAGGGCUACGCCCUCCAGGAUGGCGAGUGCACAGAUGAGGAUGAGUGUGAGCUGGGCACGCACAACUGCCAGGCGGGCUUCACGUGCCAGAACACCAAGGGCUCCUUCUACUGCCAGGCACGGCAGCGCUGCAUGGAGGGCUUCCUGCAGGACCCCGAAGGCAACUGCGUGGACAUCAAUGAGUGCACAUCACUGUCCGAGCCGUGUCGGCCAGGCUUCAGCUGCAUCAACACGGUGGGCUCCUACACGUGCCAGAGGAACCCGCUGCUCUGCGGGCGUGGCUACCAUGCCAGCCAGGAUGGGACCAAGUGUGUGGAUGUGAAUGAGUGUGAGGUGGGCAUGCACCACUGCAGCGAGGGCCAGUUGUGCCACAACCUUCCCGGCUCCUACCGCUGUGACUGCAAGGCUGGCUUCCAGCGGGAUGCCUUUGGCAGGGCCUGCGUAGAUGUGAAUGAGUGCUGGACCUCCCCGGGCCGCCUGUGUCAGCACACGUGUGAGAACACGCUCGGCUCCUACCGCUGUUCCUGUGCCUCUGGCUUCCGGCUAGCUGCUGAUGGCAAGCGUUGCGAAGAUGUGAACGAGUGUGAGGCCCAGCGCUGCAGCCAGGAGUGCACCAACAUCUACGGCUCCUACCAGUGCUACUGCCGCCAGGGCUACCAGCUGGCCGAGGAUGGGCACACCUGCACAGACAUCGACGAGUGCACUCAGGGUGCCGGCAUCCUCUGCGCCUUCCGCUGUAUCAACGUGCCAGGGAGCUACCAGUGUGCAUGCCCGGAGCGGGGCUACACCAUGACGGCCAACGGGAGGUCCUGCAAGGACCUAGACGAGUGUGCACUGGGCACCCACAACUGCUCUGAGGCCGAGACCUGCCAUAACAUCCGGGGCAGCUUCCGCUGCCUGCGCUUCGAAUGCCCACCCAACUAUGUCCGAGUCUCCGAAACGAAGUGUGAGCGCACCACCUGCCAUGACUUCGUGGAGUGCCAGAACUCCCCGGCGCACAUCACCCACUACCAGCUCAACUUCCAGACGGGCCUGCUGGUGCCAGCGCACAUCUUCCGCAUCAGCCCGGUGCCCGUCUUCGCGGGGGACACCAUCUCCCUGACCAUCACCAAGGGCAAUGAGGAGGGCUACUUUGGCACGCAGAGGCUCAACAGUUACACAGGCGUCGUCUACCUGCAGCGGUCGGUGCGCGGGCCACGAGACUUCGCCCUGGACGUGGAGAUGAAGCUCUGGCGGCAGGGCUCCGUCACCACCUUCCUGGCCAAGAUGCACAUCUUCUUUACCACCAUGGCCCUGUGAGGCCUCCUGCCCGAGCGCCCUGCGGGCCGCCCACCCCUGGAUGGAGCCGCUGCAUCCGCGCCCCGAUCCGCACCCCGGCCAUGGCCGCGCCUUCCUGCGGUCGCUUAACACCACGUGGGUUGGGCGGGUGUUACAAUAUAUUUUGUGGCGGUUUUUACUAUAGCUCUGUAAAUUAAAUUAAUUUUGGGACUCGA